GGGCUUCCGGGGACGAUGGUUAUUGUCGUAAGGUAGAUACGGUGCAGAUGGCUCUUUUUUUGCGCUGCUUCUACAAGUGCAACUUUUACAGAGUUGUGAGAUUCCUGAAGAUAACUCGAUGAGGAGCAUCUGCCUUUUUAGCUUGUUGCAAGGCAUUAUUACCUUCGGUAAUAUGUGUAAAGUGCUUAGAAACUCUGUUUAUUGUCAUCCGAAGUUGACCCCCGCCACCUCUACCCCAGUCAGGAUGGAGUCACCCUCGUCUAUAUCCAUCUUAAUGCCUAUUCCAAUGUAUACCUAGUGUUUUAAUCUGUGUGCGUGUUCACAGCAGUGUCCCCUGGGCACCUUGCAGGGAACCUUCCAGGAAGUAACCCUAACUCUGGACACUUACGAGCCAGGUGCGGUUCUCAGCAUUUUUGUUUUCCAUCACUUUACAGUCAGCAAAAUGGAGAUACAGUGUAUUACAAAAGGUGCCUUGUACCUUGUCCAAGGACACAGAACUGGUAGGAGGCAGAGCUGGAAUUUGCCCCAGAGCUUUUGUGCUGUAGGUAAAUAUUUGUCCUGUAGGCUAGCGGCUCCCAACCAGGAGUGGUUUUGUCCCCCAGGGGACAUGUGGCCAUGUCUGGAGACGUUUAUUUGUUUUUCCAGGCUUGGAAGUGCUGCUGGCAUCUCAUGAAAAGAGGCAGAGAUGCUGGUAGACAUUGUGUGUUGCACAGGAUAGCCUCCCACAACACAAGUGCCAUUAAUGUCGAGGUUGGGAAACUCUGGAGCAGACAAACCGGUCUUUGUCCAGCACCUACUCUUUGCAGGCUGCUUUUAACUCCUGCUCCCAGCAGCCUCUUGAGAGGAAGGAGCUAUUGUUAGCCCUGUGUCACAGGUGGAGAAAUGAAGCACAGAGAGGGCAAGCCACACGUCCACAGUCACACUGCGGAUGAGUGGCAGAGCUGGAAGUUGAAGCCAGGCAGACAAGCUGCACAGCCUCUUAGCCAUGAUAUUAGCCCAGCCUGCGUGGGUGCUGACGCCGGGGUACUGGGUGGAACUGGUGUGGACUCUGGAGUCACAUCUGGGUCCCAUUUGUGGCUUCUUCACUCCCUGAGCAUCUCCCUAUGGUAUGAGGGGACCCAUCUCCCCAGCUCACAGGUCUGUUGGGAAGGUUGGGUGGGGCAGGAUAAAACACUAGCCACUCAGUGGCUGUCUUCGAGGCAUCCAGGGUGCCUGGCUCAGGGCUGGACUGUGCUUUGCGGACACAGACAGCUAGGCAGCAGGGUUACAGCUGUUGAAUGCACAUAGCGCACGGCGCUUAUUGGAUGGUAGGGUGGAUUUACAUGGUGGGAUGCCCUUACUUAACAGCAUGUGCUUUCUUGGGUGCAGGCCCUCUGCUGGGUGGCCCCAGGGACCCAGAGAAGAGUUAGACCUGGUCACUGCCCCAGAGAGCUCACUUUCUAGACAGCCCAGGGCGUAGUGACCUGUGAUCACCUCUGAGAUUGCAAACAGGGUCAGCUUGAUGGCCUGUGGCCUUGCCCUCUGGCAGAAAUUCCUCCUUAGUCCCAGAGGGAUCUUUUUUAUAGCAGAGCAGGCCUGUGUGUGGCUUUUGAGACUUGCGUCUGGCCUGGGUCUUCCCGACAGGCUGUGGGAGGAGCUGCAGGACUGAGGCACAGAGGCCUGGGGCCCACAGCGGGUCCCACCCAGCCUUGACUUGACUCCCUGGGAUCCCAGGAAGGGCACGCCCUUUCCUCACCACCUGAGUGAGCGCCGCCCCCUCACAGAGACCUCUUUGCCCCCUGGGCCAGGCGGGGCAGGCGCUGCGGUCCGGGAGGCCCCAUGGAGGUGGCGGUGCCCGUGAAGCAGGAGGCCGAGGGCCUGGCGCUGGAUUCUCCCUGGCACCGCUUCCGCCGCUUCCACCUGGGCGACGCGCCGGGCCCGCGCGAGGCCCUGGGGCUGCUCCGCGCCCUGUGCCGGGACUGGCUGCGGCCUGAGGUGCACACCAAGGAGCAGAUGCUGGAGCUGCUGGUGCUGGAGCAGUUCCUGAGCGCGCUGCCCGCCGACACGCAGGCCUGGGUGUGCAGCCGGCAGCCGCAGAGUGGCGAAGAGGCGGUGGCCCUGCUGGAGGAGCUCUGGGGGCCAGCAACCUCCCCUGAGGGGUCGUCAGCCACGAGGGCGCCUCAGGACGUGACACAGGGCCCCGGGGCCACAGCUGGAAAGGAGGACAGCGGGAUGAUUCCCUUAGCAGGCACCGCCCCUGGGGCUGAGGGGCCGACGCCUGGGGACCCCCAGGCUGUGCGCCCCUACAAGCAGGAGCCCAGCAGCCCCCCGCUGGCGCCUGGCCUGCCUGCCUUCCUGGCGGCCCCGGGCACCACGUCCUGCCCCGAGUGCGGCAAGACGUCCCUGAAACCAGCUCACCUGCUGCGCCACCGGCAGAGCCACUCGGGCGAGAAGCCGCACGCCUGCCCGGAGUGCGGGAAGGCCUUUCGGCGCAAGGAGCACCUGCGGCGCCACCGCGACACGCACCCCGGCAGCCCCGGGCCCGCGCUGCGCCCUCUGCCCGCCCGUGAGAAGCCCCACGCGUGCUGCGAGUGUGGCAAGACCUUCUACUGGCGCGAGCACCUGGUGCGCCACCGCAAGACGCACUCGGGAGCGCGGCCCUUCGCCUGCUGGGAGUGCGGCAAGGGCUUCGGGCGCCGCGAGCACGUGCUGCGCCACCAGCGCAUCCACGGCAGGGCAGCCGCCAGCACGCAGGGGGCGGUCGCCCCGGGCCCCGAUGGGGGGGGCCCCUUCCCGCCCUGGCCCUUGGGUUAGCCGCCGCCCGGCCCGCGGCGCCUCCCGCCCCUGGUGCUGCCCCCUGGGCCGUCCCUCUCUCCCAGGGCCACUUGGCCUCUUCCCCUCCUCCUCCACCGCCGCCUCCCUUGUCUGAACUUCCCAACGCCUUCCUCUGUAUUCCUUUCCAACUCCUUUUCCCCCAGAUUUCACUUUCCUGCUCAGGUCCCACCUCAGCCCCCCUUCUCCCUGAUUUCUCGACCUCUCGCUGUGUGAAGGGCCUGCCUCUUCCUAAUGUCUCCGCCUUCCCCCACCUUCUCUCUCCUUCGGCCCAGCCUCCCUCACCCUCCUCCAUUUCUCUCUCCCCGUCCUCUUCCUGCCUGAAGAGCAGAGGUGAGGACCUGGGACCCCUGAGGGGCAGGCGAGGAGGAGCUCAGGAGCAGCCACAGGCCGGGCCCCCUUGAUGAAGCGGAGGCUGAAGGAAAGGGGUCUGGGUCUUGUCCCUAGGAAUUCUCCUCCCGCAGGACAGAUUUGGGGGGUCAGCGGGAGGCAGCGGCUGAUGGCUCUGACAAGCUGAACCCAGGGCCUGGCUGCGGGCUCCUUGGUCUCGCUGCCCCCGUGACCCAAAGACAUGGGAUGGACAGAGAUGCCUGCUCCCAUGAAGCUGUUGGGGAUGGCAGUUCUCCAGCAUCCAGAGAGUAAUAAAGUCACUGUGUGUAGACCCGGA